UUGUCCAUUGUGCGGGAAAGAGGUGCAUCAGCAACAGCUUUCGGUGACGGGAAAGUGGCGGUGUGCUGGAAAAUUAAUAGGCAAAAAGUUGGCAAUCUCUGAGGUGCCCCGAACGAAGCUGAAGAAUCUUCCCGGUUUGUAGUGCUGUAAUAAUCGCCUUAAAAUGAACUGACAAGCAAUAAAACAGCAUUACCGUAACGAGUGAUACUAAAGUGGUACCACAUCACCAUCGGCUGUUCAGAACGGAACAGUACCACCGUCAGGGUGAUUUCGUUGCAGAAAGUGCUUCCGCACACACUUCUCCUAGCUAGGAGGGAGUUUUUUCGCUUUAAAGUGACCCUUAAAAUUCACACACGAUGGUGAAAUUGGAGAUCAACAAAAAGUUGCUGCCGAUGAAGGCGCACUACUUCCUCUUCAAUGCAGGAACGGCUCCGGUUGUGCCUUUUAUGCCGACACUGGUUCGGCAGCUGGGUUUCUCGACGGUGAUCGUCGGAACGAUAUACACCGUCCUGCCGAUCGUGGGUAUGCUGGUGAAGCCACUGUUCGGCAUGAUUGCCGAUCGGUUCCAGCGCCAGAAGUUGCUGUUUUUGAUAUUUCAGAUCCUGACGGCUGUUCCAUUCUUUCUCAUCAUGUUCAUACCGGCCAUCCCGCAGGAAGCGACCGUCAGCUUCCACUGCCACGAAGGAGUCAACAAUCUUCGGUACUGCCCGGAGAACGGCACAUACAUUGACAAAUGCCUGGUGGAUCGAAUCACAACGAACGACGGUAAUGCGUCGAUGCUGUGUGAUCUCGAAUGCCGCACCGAACCGUGGAUGUGGGAAACGGUGUGCAAGCACUGGAACGUCACGGCCUACUGCGACGAGAAGAACAUUCCCGCCGACCGCCUCCUGAGGCUGACGGGCGUCGUGCCUAACAAACAAAUCGACCUCAUCGACGAGUGUCUGUUCUUCAUGGUGGCACACGGCCAGAUGGACGGCCAGCAGGUGCCACUGUACUGUCCGGCAAACGAGACCGACUUCCGCACCAGCUGCCAGGUGCAGUGCAACAACGAGGAGGUGAUGGAUACGAUCACGCACGCAAAAAUACCGGACAGUGCCGUCACGGGGCUGUACCAAUUCUGGCUGCUGUUCAUCUUCCUUAUCAUGAGCUGGGCCGGUAUGGCCGUGGUCGUGAGCGUGGGCGAUGCGAUCUGCUUCGAGAUGCUCGGCGACAAGCCACAUCUGUACGGCAACCAGCGGCUGUGGGGUUCGAUCGGUUGGGGCACGGUGUCACUGUUUGCCGGCUUUCUGGUAGACACCCUCUCCGAGGGUAAGCUGACCAAGGACUACACGGUCGUGUUUUACAUGACCGUCGUACUGAUCGGGUUCGAUAUGCUCUGUUCGUCCAAGUUACAGCACACACAAACUCGACUUUCGACCAGCAUCGUGAAGGACGUUGGGCAGAUAUUUACCAGCUUCCGCAUCGUAGUUUUCUUCGUUUGGUGCGUCCUGAUCGGGUUCGGUACGGCAUUGAUAUGGAAUUUCCUUUUCUGGCAUCUGGAGGACCUGGCAAGCGUACAGGAAGGCUGUGACCACUCGACCUGGAUCAAAACGCUCGAAGGCAUCGUCAUGUCGAUUCAAACGUUCGGCGGUGAGCUGCCAUUCUUUUUCCUGUCCGGAAAGAUUCUCAAACGUAUCGGACACAUUCAUGCGAUGAGCCUGGUGCUGCUCGGUUUCGGUGUGCGCUUUCUACUCUACUCGCUGCUCAGCGAUCCAUGGUGGGUCAUACCGAUUGAAUUCAUGAACGGUAUCACGUUCGGGCUGUUCUACGCGACGAUGGCCUCGUACGCCAGUAUCGUUGCACCGCCCGGAACGGAGGCAACGAUGCAGGGUCUCGUCGGUGCCGUGUUCGAAGGUGUCGGCGUUUCACUCGGUAGCCUGUUGGCCGGAAACCUGUUCAACAACAUCGGUGGAAGCGCAACCUUCCGCGCGUUCGGCAUCGCGGCGCUACUACUGUUCGUGCUGCACGUGAUUGUACAAAUACUGACCGAUCGUUUCGGUGCCCAGGGUAAGCAACAGCAGGCGGCAAAAACGGGGAACGGGGAACUGGACGAUGGGCACACGACCAACGGUGGCGUGAUGGCGGCCAAAACGAACUCCAUCCUGUCCGACUCGACCGUGCAGGAGGAACUGCACUGCGACACCGACGAUAAGGGUCAGCUCAAGCUGGUAGAAAAGCCACCCACCAACGGAGAGGUGGGGGGGAAUGAAACUGCCGCUAUCGCAAACGGCAAAGCGCUGCCAACUCGGGACCCGGGUUCACUGUACGAAGUGCCAUUAAAUUAAACCAUUUUUCUUGCCCCGUUUUAAUUUGCCAGGCUUCACACCCACACCCACAUUGAGGUGACCGAGUAGAGAACUGAGGAUGGGUUUACCCCAUCGCAAUUGCACCGAUCAAUCAUUUCCAUUCUUUAGGAACAAUAUAUUAAUGUGUAAGAAACGAACUCAAGGAUCGUACAAAACGUUAUACCCAACGAUUAUGCAGGGCUGCACUUUCUUUUCCUUAUCGACUUUUUCUUUCGUUAUCUGUUUUUGCGUUUCAAAUUCGUUUUUCGGUAGGCUUAGGAAACGAAAAGAUGCAUGGAGUUUUUCCACUGCAUUGCGUUUAUUUUUCUCCACUUGUUUAAUUCCGUAGUUUAGAGCCGGUAAUAAACACGAUUGUAUGUACUGUA